AUGUUCAUAGAAGAUCAUAUAUUUCCAAAUUGGGGAAGACUACGUAUUCCACCCAAGCUAGAAUUCACUUCAAGUGAAGUAAAAGAAAUCCGCCGAAAGAUAAAAGAUACCCCUUACAAAGAACUUUUCGAUAAGUUUCCUCGGUUUUUUUCUCCCUGUGCAGCAUCAAAAUUCCUAGAGCAGCCACCUCUUAUCGCAGAACCUAUCCUAGAAGAAGGCAUUAAAGACAAAGUUGCAUUUAAAGGAAAGGACGGGAACGCUUAUACCGGACAAGUAGACGAGAAAAAUAGACGAAAUGGCUGAGGUUAUUUGCUAUUUGUUGAUGGAACUAUGCAUCAGGGCUUUUUUUAUGCAGGCGAUAUCAGAGGAAGAGGCAGAAGAUUUGACCUCAAUGGAGUUGUGCUACAAGGAGAUUGAAAAGGCAAUGUUUUAAAAGGAGAAGGGAUGAUUAUUUGGCCGAAUGGAGUUUCAUAUGAAGGCUAUAUAGAAGAUGGGAUGCCUCAUGGAGACGGUGUAGAAACUACUGACUCUCCCCUUUAAAUUGGAACAAAAUAUAGGUAGCAUUUUAAAACAAUUUUUUUAAUUUUUUAUAGGAGAAAAUAUACUAAAUUCCUGGGGAUAGCGCGGAAUACGCUAUCCCCAGGAAUUUUCUAUAUUUAUUUUUAUAAAAUUAGCUUUGCUUAAUUUAAUGGAAAAAGACAAUUAAAAUAUUAUUUAAACAGCUUUCAUGUUAAUCGCUUAAAUUUUAAAAUUAAUUCUUCAUAAAAAUAUAAAUAAUCUCAAAAAAUUGUGUCAAUUUUUAUUCAAAAAUGUUUUUUACAAAAUUUAACAUAAAAAUUACCCUCCUUUAAUAGGAGCAGGAAUUUUUGUUCCAAUUUAAGGGGCGAUAGUGAGGAAUACACUUAUAAUGGAAAUUUUAUUAGAGGAGAAAAAGAUGGGUAUGGGGAAUUAUUUUGGAAAGAUGGGUCUUGGUAUAAAGGAAUGUUUAAUAUACAAAAAAUCGAGGGGGAAGGGACUUAUCAUUGGGCAAAUGGAAAUGAGUAUGAAGGAGAAUGAUUUAGAAAUAAAAUGCAUGGCAAAGGAGUUUUCAAAUGGGCUGAUGGAAGAGUUUAUAAAGGAAAUUUUGCACAUGGAUAUAGAGAAGGUCAUGGAAAACUAGAAUGGCCCAGUGGGAGGAGAUAUGAAGGGUAUUGGGAAAAAGGGUUUUAUGAUGGGAUUGGGAUGGAAGUUAGGGAAGAUGGCACAACUUCUGAAGGAGUCUUUGUUUCUGGGCAGCUAGCACAGAAUUUCGACCCAGUUAUACCUGGAUCUGAUGAAGAAUUAAGCGAUGAUCAGAUUGACACAAAAGAGCUAUUUAAGCAAGUAGCUCCUUCUUAUGAAGACCUGCUAAAGAAAGCCAAUAUAUUAUAAAUUAAAUUAAGAUUCUUGUAGUCUUCCAGAUUUGCUGCCUCCAAUACUUUCGACCAACGCCAACCUUCUUUCCGGGUGGAAUUCAGCCGCUAUUUGGAACAAUCAUCUCAAGGAGCAGGGCUUGCACUGUAAUCCCUAAGGGUCUCUGCCAGCUAGAAUGACACCCUGUCAGUACGUCACCGGGUUAAAGGUUAGCCUGAUACCUCCUCGCGACCUUUGGGAGAGGUAGCAGGAAAAAAGAACCACUGCCCUCCGAAUCUGAGGAAAAAGACCCUGACCCAAAAAUCAUCGGAUAUCAAUGCUUGGACUGGAUGACCACCAGCUGACUCCCAAGGUCACCCACCCCAGACAGCCACAAAUAACAAGCUUAGGUUAGAAUCAAGGUAGUUUGAACCUUGAUUUAGGAUAUAAAGCUAUUUUGACGCACAGUGGUACGUUGUCAGUAAGGACAAAUUUUGUCGCUACCACAAUAUUAAUUAUAUCCAAUAUUAUAAGGAAAAUUAAGAAGCAGCCUUUAUCUGAUAUUUCUGGAAGCUUUCUAGAAGUAACUGAAGAAGACUUUACUGUAGAAGCUAAAAAAGAAAGAAAACAGAAGCUCAUUAAAGAAAUAAAAGAGAAAAAAACACAACAAAGAGACAAAAGACUUAAAUUAAGAAAAUGGGAAACUGAAGACCCCAGAAAAGCAUGUUUAUGGGACUUAGAAAGCCCUUUAAUUGACCAUCCUAUAUUUUUUAAAGCAUAUUCCCUCCACAAUGAAUUGCCUCCAUUUGAGUAUGAAGACCCUGACUAUGAAAUGCCUUUUGAUUUAAAUUUCAAUGAAGACUGAAAAGAUUUAGGAGCAGGAAAACUCUAUAAAGGCCAAAUGGACGACAAUGAGCAAGCCCAAGGUAUGGGGGUUCUUUUACAUAAAGGCAGAAUAUAUGAAGGAUUUUGAAGAGAUAAUAAAAGGUGUGGAUAUGGCCGACAAAUAGGCCCAAAGGGAGAUGUAUAUCAUGGGUAUUGAUAUGAUAACAUGAGGAGUGGAUUUGGCACAUAUGAAAUUAAAGAAAAAAAUUAUUCAUAUAUUGGAGACUGGGAAAAUGAUAUUUUCCAUGGCAGAGGGCUACUGGUAACUGAGGAAGCUGCUUAUGAAGGAGAUUGAAAAGAAAAUAAACAGCAUGGAGCAGGAUCACUGGUCUAUGAUGAUGGAAGAGUUUAUAAUGGCUCGUUCAAAGAUGGAGUUAUUGAAGGAUAUGGGUCUUUAAUCUGGCCAAAUGGAAAAGGAUAUGCAGGACAGUGGAAAAAUGGAGAAAUGAUUGGAAUUGGGACAAAAGUGACACGAAAAAUAAAAUCAUUGUACGCAAAUGGACUAGAAGAAUUUGCUGCAAAACACAGUUUUCAAGAAAAUUCAAUUCCAGAGUCAGUUGUCUCUGAACGUGACAUUCCUUAUGAAGGAACUACUGCUACAGGAGGCCCAACAACUUAUAUUGAUAAUUAUUAA